GCAAGUAGAUGGUCUUUUGGCCUUGGACAUGAAAAUGAUUGCUCGAUCUUGGUUCACAUGGCUCAUCUUGGCCGCAUUGGAUAUUCUGUGCGUCUCCGCACAAGACUAUCCAUUGCCUGAAUCAUGUACUGGACCAGCCUGUAUCGACAUUGGAGGACUCACAUACCAGGAUUUCUCUGUCAUUCGACGUGAAUCCGAUGGCAUGUACUUCCGGUACUCGAAAUCAAACAACACCGGCGAUGGGCUGUCCGUAGCUACUGCACCGGCUCUAGGUGGACCUUGGAACUAUGCUUUCGAGAUCCUCACCGAGCUCGUGAAUCCGAUGGUGACUGAUCGCACUCAGACCAAUGUAUGGGCGCCAGAGGUGCAUUUGGUGAAUGGUACCUACUACCUCUUCUACAGCAUCAACACUCCGCCAUUUAAUUUUGAUCUCUGUGUCGCCACUUCGCCGGACAUGGAGCAAGAUAACUGGACUGAUCAUGGUAGCAUGAACGUUCCUGUAUCAACGACCGGAGACGACCAGGCAACUGCGAGCUAUGUUCGUCUAGAUGGAAAUAUGCUAGCAGACUCAACCAACCCAAGCGGCGUAGAUAAUUUCACCUAUAUGACCUUUGGCUCUUACCAGUGGGGCCUAUAUGGUUUCCAGGUCUCCGACGACCUCCUUACAAUCAAAGACGGGGCUACUGUGGAUAUGGUGUAUCUAGAACAGUACAAUCCAGGAGAGUAUUCUGGCAACAAAACCGAGGGCGCGUAUCUACUGACGAAUAACGGCUAUGUUUAUUUCUUCUAUUCAAUCGGCAACUGCUGCGCCGCCGACGACACAGACUACAACAACUCCGUGUACAGAGUGCAAGUUUGUCGCAAGGCAGUGACUGAUCUUCCCACCGGCCCAUACCUCGACCGCGAUGGAGUAGAUUGCUUGACUGGUGGUAUCGAUCGUGCUGGCACCACCAUACUGGCUAGUCGUGACGAUGGACAAGUAUUUGCUCCUGGCUCCAUCGGAAUACUGGAUGACCCAGACUUAGGCAUGGUGAUAUAUUACCAGUAUUGGAACAUCACUCAAGCAAACCAGGACGCAAAUCCAAAGCUGGAUGGUCUGCGGUUUGGGUAUAACCUGCUUAGUUGGGAUUCGGAUGGAUGGCCACAAUUGGUCGCGUCGAAAUGA